AUGGACGGCCUCACAUCGGCCGAGACGCGCGAGUUGGAGCAGCGGCUGCAGAAGCGGCAGGUCAAGGAGUUUAUCGGGCUCUUUAGCAACCUCGUGGACAACUGCUUCACGGCGUGCGUAGACGACUUCUCGUCCAAGGCGGUGUCGACACGUGAGACGGGCUGCAUCACACGAUGCGUGCAAAAGACGCUGGCGACGCAGCAGCGAUUGUCGGAGCGGUUCCAGGAACACAACGCGGAGAUGAGCCAGCAGCAGCAGCCACGAUGA